CAUGCAACAACUUCUGCUCCCCGCACCGUCUGCAGAGAAGCCGCGCAGCCAUGGGACUCCAUUUCCUCAUCCAUGCAAUUUCCACCAUCAAUAAUUUAAUCUAUUUGCUCCAAAGCUGAAGAAGACACAUCACCCAAAGAUAUAUCUCGGAGGUGACUGUGGGGGAAAAUAUUGCUCUUAAGUUAUAACUCAGGGGAGUAGUCUUGACACAUCCCAGAUGACUCUGUCUCGUUGAGUGAGUCUCUUUACGACUGGGCAGUACAAAAAGUUCCACCAGGUUAGAAGAGUGAUGACCAUCCUGUUCCUUACUAUGGUUAUUUCAUACUUCAGUUGCUUAAGAGCUGCGCCCCUGAGAGAUGCCCCAGGCAUGCGGGCCCACCGGACAGAAGGCUUCUUGGGCACUGCGGCGACCGAGGCCCGGGGCCACGGGACUCCGCAGAGCGGGGCCGGGCCGGGCCAGCGCGGGGCCCUCCACUCGCUCACAGACACGUUCGAGCAGGUGCUAGAGGAGCUUCUGGAGGUGGAAGAGGAGGCGGCCCAGUUGGGACAGGGGACCGAGAAGGGCCCGGCGGGAGGGGGCGUCCUGGAAUCCCUGGUCGCCACGGAGACAAAGGAUGUCGAUCUGUACGAGUCACGGGUCAUGAUCAGCAACCAAGUGCCUUUGGAGCCGCCUUUGCUCUUUCUUCUGGAGGAAUACAAAAAUUACCUGGACGCGGCUAACAUGUCCAUGAGGGUGCGGCGACACUCGGAUCCCUCAAGACGCGGCGAGCUCAGCGUGUGUGACAGUAUUAGCCAAUGGGUGACAGCUGUGGAUAAAAAGACGGCAAUAGACAUGUCUGGGCAGACAGUUACCGUCAUGGAAAAGGUCCCUGUCCCCAACGGCCAGCUGAAGCAAUACUUUUACGAGACCAAAUGCAACCCCAUGGGUUACACAAAGGACGGCUGCAGAGGAAUAGACAAGCGGCACUAUAACUCCCAGUGCAGGACAACCCAGUCCUACGUGCGAGCGCUUACCAUGGAUAGCAAAAAGAAGAUUGGCUGGCGGUUUAUAAGGAUAGACACUUCAUGUGUAUGUACAUUGACCAUUAAAAGAGGGAGAUAGUGUAUAACAUGUAUAGAUUUUAUUGAAGAGUUUGAAAAAUGAAAGAGAAAAAAUAUCUAUUUGUAUAUAUACAUAACAGGGUAAAUUAUUCCGUCAAAUGAAAAUUUUAUGGACUGCAUGUAAAAAAAGAUGACGUUUAUACAGUAAAAGUGAUACUACAGUCUAUUUAUUGAACAUAUUCAUGACCUUGUAAACAAUUAAAAAAAAAUCUGAUCAGUCAUUUGCGCCCAGUUCAAAUUACUAUAUCACAUUCCUCAAGACAUUGUGACUUGUUUACGUUGCCAAGAAUUAGAAAAUGAAGGAAGAAUCAGGCAAGGAAGGAGGGACAAUUCCAUCUUCAAAAGCUUGCAUGCUGCUUCAAUUGUGAAUUGAGAAAUCCUCCUCUAAAAAAAUUAAGAUGAUGCCGACCAAAACAUUUGGUUGACAUAAUCAGCAGAAAAACGUUUUUCCUCUCCAGUAAUUGAUCUGUUUACCGUCCUAAACCUCACGAGGUGAUGUUACAUACUAUGUCAAGGUGCUGUUGUCAAAGCUUUGCUGUCUAUUUUUUUAUCCCCACCAGAGUACUAUAUAUAAGAUUAUAUAAGAAUA